AUGGCGAUUUUGGGGACCCUCCUGGUCUUGGCUACGGCUCAGCGUCGGUCCCCGCGGUCGGGGAGGGGGGGACCCGCCUGGCUGCCCCCACGGGGGUGGCAGCGGGGUGGUCGGUGGCCAUCGCGCGCUGCGGUUGCCACGUGUCCUUCUCCCGCAGGGGCCGGUGGCCGAAACCGUGGCCGGAGCCAGCCCUGGAGCGGGCGGCCGGCACCUUUCCGGAGCUGGGACGCGGGGCUGUACCGGCCGUGGCAGGAGGGGACGCGGCAGCAGCAGGACUGCUGGCGAGGCGGCGACGUCACCUUCGACAUCAGCAACGACGCUCCCACCAUGGCGGGGGCCCAGGCCACCUUCUCCAUCGCCCUCCGCUUCCCCAGCACCCAGGCGGUGCUGCCCGACGGCCGCGUCGUCUGGAGCCAGAACUGCACCGUCAACGGCACCCGCGUGGCCCAGGGCGAGCCCGUCUUCCCGGAGCAGCCGGACGAGGGCACGGACGGCGUUUUCCCCGACGGGCAGCCGUUCCCCGCCAGCGCCGGCGGCAAGCGUGGAAAAUUCGUCUACGUCUGGUGGACGUGGGGGCGUUACUGGCAGGUGGUGGACGGUGCCGCGUCCCGGCUAACGGUGGCCACGGCGGGGGUGCCCCUGGGCUCCUACACCAUGGAGGUGGUCGUCUACCACUACCGCGGCCGCCAGAAGUUCAUCCCCAUCGGCCGCGCCAGCACCCAGUUCAGCAUCACCGACCAGGUGCCCUUCGCGGUGGACGUGGCGCAGGUGGAGGACGCGGCGGAGGGCGACGGGCGCUUCGUGCGUAACCGCGCCGUGGCUUUCACCGUGCGGCUGCACGACCCCAGCCGCUACCUGCGCGACGCCGACGUCUCCUACUCCUGGGACUUCGGGGACCAGAGCGGGACCCUCAUCUCCCGCAGCCCCACCGUCACCCACACCUACCUGCAGACCGGCUCCUUCGCCGCCCGCCUGGUGCUGCAGGCCGCCAUCCCCCUCAGCCCCUGCGGCACCUCCGUCGCCCCCGUCGUGGACCCCACCACCGGGCCACCGCCGUCGGCGGCAUCCACGGCCACGCAGCCCGCCGGCACCACGCCGGGGGGGCCCAGCACCGCCGGGACACCCAGCACCGCACCCGCAGCCUCCGGCUCGCCCCCAGAGCCCACGGGGGGAUCGGUGGCCGUGCCCUCGGACCCCGCUGUCACUGAGCCCGUGGACACCGCCGUCACCGAGCCCAUGGACGCCACCGUCACCGAGCCCUCAGACCCUGCUGUCACCGAGCCUGCGGACGCCACCGUCACCGAGCCCUUGGAUGCUGCCGUCACCGAGCCCGCGGACGCUGCCGUCACCGAGGCCUUGGAUGCCACCGUCACCGAGCCCGCGGACGCUGCCGUCACCGAGGCCACUCUCCUGGCACUCAGCACUCCGGCGGCCGCCGCGGGUACCGCCGCCGCUGCCAUCUCCGCCGCGGCAUCCGCAGCGUCCCUGGUCCCCACCUCGGUGGCCCCAUCCGGGAACGCGCUGGUCACCUCGGCCCCCGCCCAGGGAACGGUGGCCACAGACGUGGCCACGGCGGGAGCCACGGCGGGAGCCACGGCGGGGGCCACAGUGGGAGCAACCGUGGGAGCCACAGCUGUAUCCCUCGCUGCUGCCACAGCUGGAGCCACAGCUGGAGCCACAGCCGGAGCCACAGCUGGAGCCACAGCUGUCCCCACAGCCGGAGCCACAGCCGGAGCUACAGCCGGAGCCACAGCCGGAGCCACAGCCGGAGCCACAGCUGUCCCCACAGCUGCCCCCGAGGGCACCGCCGAGCCGCUGGUGCUGGUGAAGCGCCAGGCGCCAGCCGCCGAACCCACCGGCUGCAUCCUCUACCGCUACGGCACCUUCUCCACCCAGCUGGACAUCGUCCAGGGCAUCGAGAGCGUGGCCAUCGUGCAGGUGGUGCCGGUGGUGCCGGAGGGCAGCGGGAGCAGCGUGGAGCUGACGGUGACCUGCGAGGGCAGCCUGCCCGAGGAGGUGUGCACGGUGGUGGCGGAUGCCGAUUGCCAGACGGCGCAGGCGCAGACGUGCUCGGCGGUGGCACCGGCCCCCGGCUGCCAGCUCGUCCUGCGCCAGGACUUCAACGGCUCCGGCCUCUACUGCCUCAACGUCUCCUUGGCCAACGGCAACGGCCUGGCGGUGGCCAGCACCCGGGUGGCCGUCGGAGGUGCCACCCCGGUCCCCGGCAGGACCACGCUCUUCGUGGGGCUGGUGCUCAUCGCUGCCGCCAUGGCCACCGCCGCCUACACCUACAGGCGUGUGAAGUACAGCCCGCUGCUGGCGGUGGCCCCCCCGGCCCCCCGGCCCCGGGGCUGGCUGCCCCCCGCCUCUGCCCUGCGGCUGCUGCUGCGCCAGGCCUUCGGGGGGGCCCCCAGCGGGGAGAGCAGCCCCCUCCUCCGCCCCAACGCCGUCUAGGGCCCCCCCACCGCCCCCCCCCCGCUGCCCCCUGGGGGGGACACACACGGGGACAUGGCCGGGGAGGGGGGGGGACA